CCUGUUUACACAAGUUAGCUUUGAAAGUCGGCAUGAUAGGAUCGACAUGUAAACAGAAGACUUGUUUGUGUUCAUUAUUGUGUGUUUUAAUUAUUUUUUGUAUUUCUUUAAGGAGCCCUAUCUGGUAACCUCAAAGACGGAGUCACGUGAUGAAUGCCCUUCUCCAAUAGCCAGCACUUCAUUUGCACCAGUUGGUGAGUGGGGAAGGCAACCAGACAAAACAAACGCGUGGUUACGGAUUAGAGAAGCAGGGCGGUCCUGAACUCGUACUGUGCUGCUGGACUUUCUCAUAGGUGCUCAUGACUUGUCCUUUGCAUGCAUGUGAAAAACAUUUGUAUUUUUCUCUCUUCUGACCACCAACUGGGUCUUUUUUUUUGCACAUCCUCUCCUUGUUGACAUGACAACAGCGGGCUGAGCGAACGUGUCAGCGAUGGGCCGCAAGUUGGAUUUGUCCGGCCUGAGCGACAAUGAGGCCGAGCACGUGCUGCAGGUGGUUCAGCGCGAUAUGAGGCUGCGCAAGAAAGAGGAGGAGCGACUCAGUGAACUGAAGCAGGCGCUGGACGAGGAGGGCAGUCGCUGCCUGCUGCUGUCACGCCAGCGCUUCUUCAACCAGCGCUGCUGCAUCCGCUGCUGCACGCCCUUCAGCUUCGUGAUCAACCCCAAGCGGCAGUGUCGUGACUGCCUGUACAACGUCUGCAAGGCCUGCAGGCUUUACAGCAAACCUGACAAAGCCUGGCUCUGCUGCGCCUGCCAGAAGAGCAGGUUGCUAAAGAAACAGUCAUUGGAUUGGUUCUACACGCACGUGAAAGGACGCUUCAAACGCUUCGGCAGCGCCAAAGUGCUGAAGACCAUCUACAGGAGACACUUGGCUGAGCACAGUCCAGUUUCGGAGCUCACAGAGGCGAGUACCUACGAGGAGAGCAUCUGCAAUGAAGGCAGCGUCUGUGACAGUGACACCACCUUCUACAGACAAACUAAAGAGCACAGCAUGGCAGAGACGCUCACUGUGGCCUUCCGGGUGGCGGAGGAGGCCAUAGAUGAGGCCAUUUCCAACGCAGAGAUUGAUGCUACCAGUCAGGAGAAUGAGAAUGAAGCCCAUUACCUUCGUCAGCACAGAGGAGAGCUCAUUCAGGAGCUGGCCAAAACAAUCAUGCAAAAAAUCAUUUCCAAGAGGAAGAUCUUGGCUGACAUGGAGCACGAGGACGAGCAAGAAGGAUCGCUGGAGCCCAACGUCCACCGCCGUGGCGACCAGGUUGGCGGAAGCUUUAAACACCUCAAAGGCCUCUGGAGGUCACAGUCUGCCUUCUCACUGAUGGACAACAACCGAGACGCUCGUCAGACAUCACCUAAGGGAGGAGGAUCUGUCGUGUCUCCUUGGACCAGUGUUGAGCGUUUGGAAAACGCUGGGAUGCCCUCUGUGUUGAAGAGUCCAGACGGCAACUGGAUCGCCCUGCAGAGCGCUCAGCUGUCGCGGCCGAGCCUGCUGGCCAAGAGGAAGAGUCUCGUCUACAGCGCCUUGGAGAGAGAGUCCGGAGCGGUGUCCGCUUACGAGGGCAUGGAUUCUGACAACGAGGGCAAACCUGAGUUAGACUCCUCCUGGGGAGCUAUACUCCAGGAGUUCCACAGGAAGUUGACGGCUUCCAAAGUUCGUCGGGAUGCCGACGACAGAAAAGAUGCUCGGUCAGACUCCGAGGGGAAGAUUCCAAAAUCUCCGGUGGCUCUCGUUAAGAGGCAGCUGCCGCUGACGGAGGACAGACGGCCAUCGUCUAAAAGGACCAGCAUCAUCGGCAUCAGCUUCAACGAGAAUGCCGCUGCGGACGUGAGUGAAGCGGUAUCUGGAAAAGCUAAGAGAUCGCGAAAAAAGAGAAGAAGCAAAAGAAGAGCCACACUAUCUGGACCUCUUCUCAUGGAUUAUAACAGGAAAGAUAUCCAUUCCUGUUCUCCAUCCGACGCCGACACUCCUGACACUUUGACACCUGAUGCCAUGACUCCUGAAGUCAAUCAAGUCGAGCAGGAUCUUACAACGGAUGCGCCACAAUCCGCAGAAAACGUCUCCAAGCCCUUAGUCAGCGAUGAAGAUGCAGAAGACGAUGAUGACGCGCAGGGGAACGAGUUGAGAAGCCAAGAUGAUGAUGACAACAUAGACUUGGGGAAAGGCAAAGCAGAGGAUGAGAAAGUAGAGGGGGAGGAAGAGGAGGAGAUCAAAUCUAGGUUGUACAAGCUGGUGGCAAAGUCCAGACUGGCAUACUUCUCGUCCACCGACGAUGAACUUGACCGAGCAGGAAGAAGUGAGGAGGACCAAUGGAGCGAUGGUCAGGAAGAGACCGAAGGACUCACACACCAGCUCAGCCAACUGGAGAAGGAAGUCCGAGCCACAAUGUUGUCCUCCACAGAGGAGGAGCUUGACCGUCUCACGGAUGAGGAGGAAAACAAGGAAGAGGAGGAGGAAGAAGAGCCGCUGGAGGUGAAACUAUGCCGCUUGGCCAAUCAAGCGGCCGUCACUCAGUUUUCAUCCACCGAGGACGAGCUGGACCGCGAGGAGGCCGCUCAUGAGGAGACGCUGUGGAAGCUGCAGGAGGAUAAGGCGGCGCAGGCCUCUCAGGUGCGCCACUUGGCCAGUCUAGUCAGUGCCUCGCAGUUUUCCUCCACUGAGGACGAGCUAGAUCGUGUUGGCGAGGACGAGGAACUAUGGCGGGAAAACCUGAGAGAGAAACCUGCGGAUGAAGCAAUGAGUGAAGAGCUUUCAGAUGCAGCGGUGGAAGACAAAGCCGUCCGGAGGGACAACAUUGGGAAGUGGGAGAGCGAGGAGGAAGAUGUUGACUUUGACAAAAUCAUCAUCAGCAUGUUGACAUUGACGCUGCAAGAUAUGCAGGCACACGCCAAGUCUGAAGAGAAGGAUGCGGAGACUGAAGAAGAGAGGAAAGAUGAGACGGUGGCAAACGUGGAAAGGAAGGACGCAGCAAAGACGGAACAGAAGCAGAAUCAGCAUGUAAAGACAGAUGAUGAGGAUGAAAAGACAGACGAGAACAGGAAUAAGGACGCAAAGACAGACAAUGAGAAGCAUGUGGACUCAAAGAUGGAUGAGGACAGCGAUGAGAACGUAAAGACAGAUGAGAAUUUAGUUAAUGAGAAGAAAGAGGACGAAAAGACAGACAAGAACUGGGGCCAGAAUGUGAACAUAGACAAGGACAGCAACGAGGCAAUUGGAGAUCCGAAAGAGGACACACCGACAGAACAGGACAUUAACCAAGAUGCAAAGUCAGUAAAUGCGAGGACAGAGCAAGAGAAUUGGAACAAGGAUGAAAAGACUGAGAAAGAGAGGACAAUUGACACCAUGACAAACGAGGAAAGCAAUGAAGACGCAAAGACAGACAAGGGCAGGAACAUGAAUGGAAAGAUGGACGAGGAGACAAGCCAUGUGAUGAAAGAGGAAACAAAGACAAGUGAGAACACAGAACUGGACACGCAGACCGAGGAGAAGAACGAGAAGGAGCAAAACACGACAAAGGACCACGGCAAAAACACAAUGACCAAUGAGGAAAGAAAUGAGGACAUAAAGAAAGACGAAACAAGUCACGACGAUACAAAGACCACUGAUGAGAGGAAAGAGGAAGAGAAGACCGAAAAGGAACAGAACAAACUUGGAAACACAGACGACGACGGGAACAUAAACACUGACCAGGAGACAGACGAUGAGAAGAAAGAAGAUCCACCGACAGGUGAAAAUGGGAACAGAGACACCAAGGCAGACGAGACAAAAGAUGCCUCAAAGACAGACAAGGACUGGAGCAAGGCAGAUGAGGGCCUGGAGAGCAACGAGACAACAGAUGGUGAGAAGGAAGACGAGAUCAAGAAUGCAAAGGAAGGGGAGGAGAGGGAAGUUGAAGCAAAGAUAGGCAAGAACUGGAAGAAGGCAUCUGAGGAUCCCAAAGAGCGCACGCAGACAAAUGAGAACAGGAAUGAGGCUGGAAAGUUAAACAAGGUAGCCAAGGGUCUGACAGAGCACACAAAUUCAGACGGGAAGGACGGGAACAAGGAUCUGAAGACAAUCAAGGAGACAGAUGAUGAGAUGAAAGAGGAUGUGGUAGCCGAGAAAGAUGAGAGUAUCAAGACAAAUGAGAAAGAAGUCGCAAAUCAGGUCUGGGAAGACCCCAUGAGUCUACUUGAAGACGCAGAGAAGCAAAUUGUAGGGGAACCCACAGAAACACACAAAAGUGAUGAUCUUUUGUUCAGUUGUCCGCCUGGUAGACAACAGGAACUAGUGGUGGCGGCCAAAGACGAGGAGGAUGGAAGAGGAAACGUGGCCGCCAUGGAUGAUGGGCUGUUGCCGGAGGAGAUCAGAAAGAGGUACUCAGCAGCAUCCCUGUGCAGCAUCACAACAGAGGUCCUGAAGGUUCUGAAUGCCACAGAGGAGCUACUUCAGGGGGUGGAGGGCCGGGAAGGCUGCCGUUCUUCUGCCCCUGCUUUGCCUGCCGACGCUGACCCCAAGAAACUGGAUCAGCAGCUCUUUGCACUGGAAGAGAAAGUGUACGUGGCGGCGGGCUCGGUCUACGGGGUGGAGGCUGAGCUUGGCGAGUUGGAGGAGCGCGCCAGGGGCAUCUCCAGCAGCACAUCUGACACGGAGCUGUUUUUCCUGGAGGAGCAAGUUGCGUCAGCCGCCACCCGGGUUCAACAGUCUGAACUACAGAUCAGCGACAUCUCCGCGAGGAUCGCAGCGUUGAAGAGCGCCGGUCUGGAUGUGGACCCGCAGUCCCGCUCCGCCAAGGCUAGGACCGUCCCGGUCAUGCCUCUCACGCUGAGCUCAUCUCGACAGCUGAGACGACGACUGCCGGCGCUUCCACGCACGGAGGACAACAAAAGCUGAUUUCAGGAGCAAGAAGUUCUGCAGUGCCUUCUUUACACGUGCCUUACUGUUUGUUGUUCACUAGAAAGAAAAGACUAGAAAAUCUAGCAAAUUACUUUAAACAUUUUUACAGUAGUGCAGUGCUUCUCAAUUAUUUUCUGUGAUGCCCCCCUUAGAGAGAAGAAAACAUUUUGCGCCACCCCAUGUUAUUAACAUUAGAGAAAACAAAA